AUGCGUAGUAAAUAUCAAGGCUCUAUGAAGGUGAAUAGGGCUCAGUUGCAGGCUCUACAUCGUGAAUUUGAGGUUAUAUGCACAAAGGACAGUGAAACGAUUGAUGAAUAUUUUGCAAGCACCCUAGUUGCUGCUAACAAAAUGACUGCUCAAGGUGAAAAAUUGGCACAAACCACAAUUGUUAAGAAAGUUUUGAGAUAUAUGACCAUAAAUUUCAAUUAUGUGGUGUGCUCUAUAGAGGAAUCAAAUGAUGUUACAACCCUCUCCAUUGAUGAGCUUAAGAUUAGUCCUCUUGUCCAUGAACAAAUAAUGAAGAUCAACCAAGAAAAGGAAGAAGAACAAGCUCUAAAAAUUGAAAACUAUGGUGGAGGCAGCAACAACAAUAAAGCAAAAGGGCGUGGUGGUUAUCGUGGUCGUGGUAGAGAAGACUCAGUUGAGAUCAGAUUCAAUGUUACAAAUGUCACAAGAUAUGACACUACCAAAGUGAAUUUCUAA